AUGUGUGAGGAGAAUCAGACACAGGUCACUCAGAUACAUCUCCUUGGAUUCCCAGGUCUAUACAAUUACAAGACUCUUCUAUUCAUAGUGUUUUUUCUGACAUACACAUUUAUCUUAGUUGGAAACCUUCUAAUCAUCCUUUUAGUGAUGACUUUUGACCACCUCAAAACCCCAAUGUUCUUCUUUCUGAAACACUUGUCAACAGCGGAUAUCCUACUAACCACCAGUGUUGUCCCCAUGAUGUUGGACAUAAUAUUAUUUGAGGGAGAUAUUUUGCCCUUUUGGGGCUGUAUUAUGCAGUUGUAUUCCUUUGGUAUAUUUGGAUUUUUUCAAUGUAUUCUCAUUGCUGUCAUGUCAUUUGACCGAUAUUUGGCCAUUUGCCAUCCAUUGCGUUAUUUUUCACUGAUGAGUCCAGAUCUUUGCCUUCAGCUCGUUAUUGGGUCAUGGUUUUUAGUAUUUGUAUUGACAUCAAGUGAGGUUACUGUUGUUAUCCAAUUUAACUUCUGUGGCUUGAAUUACAUUGACCACUUCUUCUGUGACUUUGGUCCUGUAGUAGAAUUGGCCACCUCAGACAUUUCCAUUUUGAUGCUGCAAGACUUUGUUAUUUCCAUCUUCAUGAUUUUUUUCCCAUUUUAUUUUAUUCUUAUUACCUACUUUUCUAUUUUCAUCACCAUAAUUAAAAUGUUGUCAACUUAUGGUAGGAGAAAAGCGUUCUCCACUUGUAGCUCUCAUCUGACCACAGUAUGUGUAUAUUAUGGAACUCUAAUCACAGUUUACAUGGCUCCAUCUGAUGAAGGCACAUCCAAUGCCAAUAAAUACAUAUCUCUAUUGUACAUAGUAGUGACACCAGUGAUGAAUCCCAUCAUCUACAGCCUGAGGAACAAAGAAAUCAAGAGAGCUAUACAGAAAAUGAUGAAUAAUGUCACUCAAAAUGGAAGGGAAAGAUGA